AUGGAACUAGCUAUCUGCAAGCUUGUUUCUGAUCUUAAGGAUUCACGUUUCAAAGUUGUCUACCUUGCACCUACAAAAUCAUUAUGCUCUGAAAGAUUCCGUGACUGGCGCGCAAAAUUUGCUCCUCUGGACUUACAAUGUGCCGAACUUACUGGGGAUACUGAUCACUUUCAAAUUAGAAACGUCCAACAAGCCAGCAUAAUUAUUACAACCCCCGAAAAGUGGGACAGCAUGACUAGGAAAUGGAAGGACCACAUGAAGCUAAUGCAGCUCAUCAAGUUAGUUCUUAUCGAUGAGGUACAUAUCCUGAAAGAAGCCCGCGGGGCUACAUUAGAAGCAGUGGUAUCCCGUAUGAAGUCAGUGAAUUCCAAUGUUCGCUUCGUGGCCCUGAGUGCUACUGUUCCAAAUUCGGAAGAUAUUGCAACUUGGUUGGGGAAAGAUCCAACAAACCAACACCUUCCAGCUCAUAGGGAGCGGUUCGGAGAAGAGUUCCGGCCUGUCAGACUCCAGAAAUUCGUUUAUGGGUACCAAGCUAAUGGAAAUGAUUUCGCAUUCGAUAAAGUCUGUGAGGCUAAGUAA